AGCAACGGCAGGUCACCUGACGGGCAGACGGCGAGAGAGGGGGACCCCAUUGGAGAGGAAGAGCGCCUAGAGGGUGACAGAGGAAGGGUAUUAUGCCUACCUUUUGGCAGGACCUAGCAGGCGGCACGGUCGGUGGAGUCAUUGGGGUGACCGCGGUUUACCCUCUCGACACGGUAAAAAGCAGGUUGCAAACGGGGGGCAGGUAUUUGGGCACGGUUCAAGUCUUGUCCUCCAUGGCCGCACACGAAGGGUUGAUGUCAUGGUACCGAGGACUUUUAUCUCCGGUGGCCGGGUACGGGGCCAUGUUCGCGGUUUCCUUCUCUUCGUACGGCAUGGCCAGCCGGUUCUUGCAGAGACGAAGGAAGGAGGACGGAGGAGGGGGUGGCAGUGGGGAAGUUUUCCUCUGGGAGAAGAGUGCGGCAGGGUUCUUCGCGGGAGCAAUGAACUCCCCCUUCCGAACGGUGUUCGACAGGGUCAAAACUGUCAUGCAGGUGCGGGUCGGGAAUGGGCGAGCGGCACCCUACUCCUGGAGCGGCGCGUGUGCAGCGGACCUAGUGCGAAGGGAAGGCGUAAUGUCGGGCCUUUUUCGCGGGAUCGAAUCGACAAUGCUCAGGGAAAUGUUGCAGUGUGCGAUAUACUACCCAUCGUAUGAGGUUACCAAAGACUUGUUGGCACGCCGAAGUACAUCGGGCAAGAGCAGCGUUCCUGAGCCGGCGCUGCAGAUGCUGGCGGGAGGGAUAGCCGGGUGUGCGACGUGGCUACCGCCCGUGUACUGCCUGGACGUGAUCAAGACGAGGCUUCAGAGCGCGGAGCCCGGCGUGUACGGCGGGACGUGGGACUGCCUGAGGAAGACAGUGAGGUCGGAAGGAACACCGGUGUUGUUUCGGGGUUUGGGGCUGUCCAUGCUCCGUGCCUUUCCGAUGCACGGGCUUGUGUUCGUCGGGUACGAGACCACCAUUGGCCUCUUGACCACCCGUGAAAAUUGUCCCACUGCUGUCCUCGCCAACACGUAGUUCUCCUCGGUACAGCAUCGAGCGUUUAUCCUGUGGACGACAAGGUUCGUCUGCUGUAGGCUGGGGGAAGUGCGGGAGACACCGAUACAGGAGGUGUUACCGGUGGGGUUUAGCAAUCACACCACCAACACCGAAGCGUGUACGGCCAAGUGCGCUGGUCAAGUCCUCGCGUGAGCCAACGUUAGGCAACUCCACGUUGAAUGCUUUGCAUGUUGUCGGAAGGUCGGGCUGGAAAAUACCGACGGACACGAUCUUCCUUGUCGCGGAACCAACCUUGACGACGUUCGCGGAUACUUUAAGGUUAGGGCUGUUACUUCUGGGCUGUAUACUUCUAUAUAGUAGGGAACAGGACUGGAUGAUUCAGACUACCGUGAGUGGGUGUUGUUAACACCUUGCGAAGUACCUUGUGUCGUGACAGAGUAGAAUAUAACUGUGACUUGCUUAGUUAUCGUACAUGUCUGCAGUCGUAUAGUGGCGUGUCUGCAAAGUGGUAUAGUUUUUCCUUUUCGGUGGGUGAUGCUGACAUCGUCCCCUGGAAUGUGUACUUUUAAAUAUGUCGAAUCCUGUUUAAUGCUUCAACUUGCUCAUGAGUUCGAGCACUGUAUGUAAGAAUUUCAAUAUUGAGUAAAAUUUGUGGAACUUUUUCAACAUUGAACGCUACGCCGUACGUGCAAGCUUGUUUCCCCCCGACGUUAUGGUUAGGAAGCGGUCGAUUUCCAUUUAUGUUGUUUAAGGGUUAGGGUUUUAAGUUUUCCAUCCAAAGUUUUGUAUGCAUAUGUUGGUGGUGAGGGGUUCCCUACAGGGUUUUUAGUGGAGGUGUGCAUGGUAUUUGUUGCUUUCUGAAUUUUUUCCUCGCAUAGCCGGAUUGGUUUCU